GUUUAUUGCGGCGCCGUUUCACCUGUUUCCGCUUGUUGUUCCCCACGUAGCCAAACGAGCAGCAAUGCAGCAAUGUCACAUCACACAUCUCACACCUCGCAUUCCGCAUGAGCACAGCUUGGCCAGCUUCUGAAGCUUCUUCUCUGUUCUCCGAGGAAGAGGAUGACCACAACAAGCGCGUGCACCAGGCUGCUGCUUUGCCUUGUGCUUCUGGUAGCCACCAUCCUUCCCGCACACGCCGAGCCGAUAUCGCUCGGCUGCCUCCAAGCCGGCACUCACGCCAGCAUCUGUGACGACCUUCAAAGGCUUGUGCAAGCAGCAAGCCAAGUCCAGCCGCGAGAUGUAAAGGUUCAUGUGUUGACGAAAGAAAACAUCUUGGACGCCGCCGCUGACGCCCUCAUCGACUAUGCAAUCGUGGAUCCAACCUCUGCUGCCUGCCUCCAGGCUGAACACAGCGCUGCACCCAUCGCCACACUCGCAGACCCUCUCCUUGAAGGCGAUGGGUACCUGCAUGAAGUUGGCGGCGUCAUCUUUGCCAAGGCGGACAGCGGCAUUGACUCGUUUAACGACUUGGUGGACCGUGUUGUUGCGGCUCCGACAGCCACAGCGUUCAGCGGCAUCCAAGCACAGUUCUUUGAGUACCGCCAGCGAACGGGACGAGACCUGAUUGACGACGCCGUCAUGAUGCAAUUCUACAACACAUCGAGGCAAGUUGUGGACGCCGUGUUGGAGGGCAAGGCAGAGGCCGGCGCCGUGCCAUCUGGAACACUGGAAGAGCUGUUUCUCGAGGGCACCAUUGCCCUUGACGGCCUGCAUGUGCUGUCGGAGAAGCUCGUUGUUCGCGAAGGUCGCCAAUAUCCGUACUUCACAUCGACGCCCGUCUACCCAAACUGGGCCCUCAUCGCCAUGCCCUCAACGUCCAUCGAGGAGCGAAACGACUUUGAAUCCUGGCUGCUGCUGCCUUCGUACAACUCAACUGAGCACCUCCACUUUGCACCACCGCUCAGCUACACCGCUGCCAGCACAGUACUGACCAUGUUUGGGGUGAUUAUUCCUGAUGCAACGAGGCCAGGCCUUGGCUAUUGCCAACGAUUCGAGACCGCCUACGACGCAAUUCUCUGUCCUGCUGACCACUACAAACUCCCACCGUACGCUGUUGACGGCACGUGUGACCUGUACACACAGCACCCCUGUCCACCGGGCGUCCUCUGUGUCUGUCGACCUUGCAAGAAGGCACUGCCAGUUGAGGUGCAUCCUGUUGACCACCACAUCUCCGAGUUGCAGCUUGACAGCGACACGAGAGACGUGCUAGAGGCGCUGUCAAAGACAUGCUCUCGCAUGGAAAUCUGCCUGGAGAAGAUCCAGAACGAGGACCAAUACUUUCUCAUGGAAGACAACGAGUACCGCACGCGGCCCAACAAGGACACCUACUACUUCCUGGUGCGAACGCUGCGGGAGGAUGGCAGUGUUGUGGAAGUCAAGGCUGAGCACGCCGAAACGCACCCAGAGCUCUCUUGGAUGGAGGUCAGCGAGACGCGCUUUGGCAUCCACACCGUGCAGAUCCUGCUCGCAGAUGACAACAUCCCCGAAGACCAGUGGGAGCACCUUGAGGCCUCGCCCUUUCUCAUGCGCGUGCUGCCACGCGAAUGCCCGCCAGACAAAGAGGCCACACAGUUGGGCACGUGCGGCUGUCCUGCGCAGACCCUCAACAUGGGUGGAAAAUGCCUGCGCGCACGGGAGUUUGUGCCCAUUUUCCUCGUCAUCGCGCUCGUGUUCAUCGCCAUCCUGUCCUACGUCAUCAUUGUGAUCAUGCGCAAGCGUGCGGAUGCGCUGUGGCAUAUUGACAGCGAGGACAUUGUUGUGAGCGACCCGCCCGACAUGCUUGGCCGAGGAGCGUUUGGAGUUGUGAUCAAGGGGGAGCUGAACGGCACCGCCAUCGCCAUCAAGCGGGCAAUCCCACGACCGCCCUCGUCCAAGAGUGGCAGCUCCACCGGCAAACGCAGCAGCUCCUCCCUCGCCAGCGAUGCAAGCGGGUCAACCAAGCACUCCCGGAUCGGUCGCAAGCGCAUCAACUCCGUGGCCAGGUCCACCGUGAAUGGCCAGAAAAGCCUCAGCCCUUGCACGACAUUUGUGGAGGUGGACAACAGCACUAAGGAACAACGCCUGCUUCGUGCCCUCACCGCAUUCACAGACGCCGCCAGUAUCGCCAGCGUCAGCAGCGGCAAGCGCUACAGAUACUUCUCAUCGGCAAAGGCUGACUUUAUGGCCGAGAUUCGCCUGCUUUCGCGCCUGCGCCAUCCAUGCGUCGCCACCAUGCUUGGUGCCAUCUUCACAAAGUCAAGCGAAGUUCUCCUCGUCAUGGAAUACCUCGAGCACGGGUCACUGUAUGACUUCCUGCGCAACGACAAGCUGCCGACGCCAGACAUGUUCCUGCUGCCCAUUGUCAAGGACAUUGUGUCUGGCAUGCGCUACAUCCACAACCUCAAGCCGCCGGUUGUGCACGGCGACCUCAAGGCAAAGAACGUGCUUGUGGAUGGCAACUUCAAGGCCAAGAUUGCCGACUUUGGGCUCUCGCAGAAACGUCGCUUUGGCUGUGGCACACCAUACUGGAUGGCGCCAGAGGUGCUGCGCGGAGGAGAGGUGACGCGGGAGGCGGACGUGUACAGCUUCGCCAUCACCGUGUACGAGAUCUACAGCCGGCAGGACCCGUUCGCAGAGGAGGACGCAUCGGAGGUGCUCCGCCAGAUCGCCGCGCGCCAGGUGCCGGCAAAGCGACCCGACAUCCCAGACUCGUGCCCCGUCAUGCUGGCUGAGCUUGCGCGGCGGUGCUGGUCCGAGGAGCCCAAGUUCCGGCCAACGUUCGACCAGGUGGACGCGCAGCUGAGCGAGCUCAACAUCAGCAAGGUGGGCGCAAGCCUCAUCCAGCAGAAGCAGGACGCGCUGAAGAAGGCCACGGUGCUGCACGACGUGUUCCCGCCGCACAUUGCCAAGAUGCUGGAGGAGGGCAAGAAGGUGCACCCGGAGCACAAGGACGACGUGACCAUCUUCUUCUCCGACAUUGUGGGCUUCACCAACAUCAGCGCGCAGCUGACGCCGGCGGCGGUGUCGGACAUGCUGGACCGACUGUACUCUGCCUUUGACGAGCUGACGGAGAAGCACGGCGUGUUCAAGGUGGAGACCAUUGGCGACGCGUACAUGGCGGCAACAAACCUUGUUGAGCCGCAGCACGACCACGCGCUCCGCAUUGCGCAGUUUGCGGAGGACGCCAUCAAGGCGGCGCAGUCGACGUUCAUUGACAUGGAGCGGCCGGAGCUCGGGUGCGUGAACAUCCGCGUUGGGUUCCACUGCGGCCCUGUUGUGGCCAACGUUGUUGGGCGGCGCAACCCGCGGUACUGCCUGUUUGGGGACACGGUGAACACGGCGUCGCGCAUGGAGAGCUCGAGCGAGCGCAACAAGAUCCACGUGUCGACGUCUGCGGGGGACCGCGUGCGGAGCCAGGCGCCGUGGGUGAAGCUUGAGUCGCGCGGGGUGCAGAACAUCAAGGGCAAGGGCGAGAUGCUGACAUACUGGCUGGUGAGCACGAAGAAGGAAGCAAGCGGCCCCAGCGAGCUGACGACGGUGCAAGAGGCCGAGGAACCAGAGCUCGAAGUUGCAGAGCAGCCGCCCAUGACAUCACCCCGCUCCCUCACUUGGGCUGAUCAGCAAUCUGCGCCAUCAGGCAACGCGGGCUCAAACCAAGAUAUUUCAACUGUUGGAAAACUUGUGCGGACCAUCAGCGGCACCCUCUCCGGCAAGCGGCGAAACAGCGGCGACAAACCAAAACGCAACAACAGCCUGACGAGGCUCUUCGGGCACCGCAGCACCCCCGUGCAGCCGGCCGAAUCCGACACAGAUACGGACGUGGAAUCGCAGACAGCGCGGUCGUCUAUUGACUUUCGCCCACACCUCAGCGCCAGCAGCGGCAGCAGCACCUCUCAAGCGCAACAAAUGACCACACCCGCUGUCCCUGGCACGGUCCAGCUUGAGGGUGGCAUUGUCAGUGCCACCGACGUUGACCAGUAUAACGGCGACGACGACGACGACGAUGACGACCGUGAUGAUUAUUGGGGUAGCGGAGGCGAGCUGCUGCAACAGGAUGCACGGCUGCUGGGCGAUUCACCAUCACCAGUGGUCCUCAGCAACAUGUCAUCACCACAGCCUGUCCGGCGCAGCAACCUACGCAACGAGGAGCCACCAACACACAAGACGCCCACCAAGUUGAACCAGGCCGCAAACCCCACGCCCACCUCAGCCACGGCCACCACUCGGCGCAAGAAGCUGCCAAUCGCUGCUGGCUUGUCCUCGCGCCACCAGGGUGCGACGGCCAACAACAGCAUGUCUGCAGUGAGCAGCACGGCCAACACAAGCCGUCAAAGUAACGAUGACACGCCGAACUCGCUUGCCUCACCGCUGCUCGUGUGAUACCAUGAAAUGUAGGCUUUGUUGAGGAGUAGCUCCUGCAUCACGCUUCUCAUUGUGCCUCGCCCCCCCCCCCAAAACAAAACACUCAAACAAACAGAACGAAUGAGUGUGCUGGGUGUGAUCGUACAGCCCACCAUGGCUGGCUUGUGCAUUGGUUUCAAUCAAAACACUGGGUAUCACCACUUGGGUCAUGUGUCACUUGAUGCUUUUCAAUACCAACUGUUCAAUUCAUGUCGAGUUACAUUAUACCAGAACAAGCAAAGAUAAAGCAAAGAAGGGGCGAGGCAGCCGAAAGAAG